AAAAAGAAAAACAGAAAUCUCAGAUGCAGAGCGAGCAGAUGUAUUCAAUCCCCGGAUCUCGAAAAGGAAUGAAUCCGAUCUUCUCAUUUUUGUGUUUAUAUCUUUGUGUAAGAGGUCGACACUCGUUUUGUUCGAACUUUUCUGCCCUAUUUUGUCACAGAUCCAUCCACAAGAUCCUUCAGAGAUGAAAUCUGCGUGAAUCCUGAUCUUCUCAGACAAGGAUGUUGAGGCCAGUUUUGCGAGGCAGUAACUGCAUCUGCUUAAUUCUUCAUGUAUCAUCAGUCGUAUAGUAUACCUCUGGUAUAAUUGAUGACAACACUCUUCAUCUGCUGCAAAUAUGAAAAUGAACAACAAAAAAUAGUGUAACGUCUGCCGUUAAAAAUGAAGAAAGACCACAAAACAAAAGUUGAUGUCUGCCGGAAAAAAUUUGUAACGUCUGCCGGGAAAGCAAAAAGGAGCGGGAAAAAGGUGUAACGGCUGCCGUAAAGAAAUGAAAAAGAGAAGCAAAAAGGUGUAACGGCCGCCGCAAAGAAAUGAAAAAGAGAAGCAAAAAGGUGUAAAGGUUGCCGUAAAAAAAAAAAAGAAAAAGAGUGCCAAAAAGGUGUAACGGGCGGCGGGAAGAAAUGAUAAAGAAGAAAAAAAGUUCACCGUAAAAGUGUUACGUUUUCAACCCAACAAACAAACAAGGAAGAGUGGGGCUAGGCGCGAUGGGUCAGAUCCGGCCGUUUUCUCGUCAUCCACUGGUUUUUUAGGAGGAAAAUGUUAGUGGUAAUUAAAGUGCUUCUUCACCCCCAACAAAACCAACAAUAAUGUCACAUAGAGACGUGUACACCAUGGAAGAGUUCCUUGAAGUCCUCUCCCUUCAGGAACAGACCGUCUUCCUCGAGAUCAAGCGCAAGCAGCGCGCCGCAGCUGCUGGUGCCGCAGGCUCCAGCGUGUGUUCCCAGGAGGACAUGCUGGAGAUGAUGGCCCUCCAGCAGAAGAAGGCCGCCUUCGAGAAGAAGUGGCGGGAGGCGAUAGCCAACCCCAAUGUCCGCCGCCCCACUGUGAUGGAGCUCUUUGGGGGGCUUCAUUACUCUGAACCUCUUCCUCCCUCUCCUCCUCCCCCGUUGAUCACGAUGACCGUGCUCAUCCCACCUCUCCCCCUCCGGCGACCUUCUCCCCCGGAGAGAGUUCCGGCUCCCUCUCUAGAGAAGUGCGUGGCUCUGGGGAGGAGAGGAGGGACCCAAGUCAUGCUGGCCCUCGUUCCGUUGGAAGUAAAAUUAAUUUAAUUUAUUCACAUUUCUUUUUCCUAGCUUGCUUCUUUCUCUCUUUACGUUAUCUUUUUUUGUUUUGUCCCUUGUGUUAAUUAUUUAUUUCUCUAUUUUUUAAAAUAAAAAAACGAGUCCAAAGCUUAAUCUCCCAGAUCUGAAGAAGGAAGUAACGUAUUCGAUCAUCGACAAGAUCUUCAGAGAUUAAAUCUGCGUGAAUCCUGAUCUUCUCAGACAAGGAUGUUGAGGCCAGUUUUACAAGGCAGUAACUGCAUCUGCUUAAUUCUUCAUGUAUGAUCAGGAACGUUGGAGGGGGUAAUUAACAACCGCAGCGCUUGAAGAAGAGAGAGGGAAGCUAAUUAAGGUGGCAUUAUCAAAUAGAUGGAUGGUGCCUGCGUGUGGACUGAUAAUUAAAUACUAUGAAUUGUAUUUAAUUAAGUGUUUACUUUAUUUAGUAAUGUUUUUAUUAAUUAAAUAUAAAUAUCAUAAUGUGUAACAACAUGCAAUGUAUGGAAGACAUGAAUCGUGAACAAGUUUAACAAUUAAGCUAUUUCCUUUUC